AUGCUUCCAGCCUCUAUCCGGCAACGGCUAAUAUCUCGCUUCAACUCGUCCCUGCCAGCGUCUCAGGACUCGCUCGACUCGACUCCACAUCCUGUCUAUAGUCUUAUCUCGGCUUCGGAGCCGCGAAUGAAUGUUUACGAAGAGUCAACAAACUCGCCAUCACGGCCGGCUACUGCAGAUAGUAGAGAUUCCACGCCGUCCGCUUCCACACAAGCUUCGGGAACUUCGACGCCAGAGAUAGACCGCUCAGCAGUUGUAUCCACCUAUGAAGCGGACUCGGGUUUAAGAUGGAAUAGAGUCGUUCCAGCUUUUAAUCUUCUCCGCAAUGCCGGCUUCGAGGCCCAGCAACCAAACUCGGAUACUCGCCUCAUUCGCAGCCUGUAUAUAAACGGUCUAGGGUAUCUUUUAGAAGCCUUGCCCUCGGAUCUGACCCGCGAUGAAGUCCGUUCAAUCCAGGAGCGCCUCCCAGAGACUAUAAAGCCGAGUAAUGCUACUGAGUCUUCUGAAAACAGACUACAGAAUAAGCCGACCAGACAAGAUCCUCCGUCGUACCUGCACCGAAUAAUCGCUUCUGUGAUUGUCUACGGCUUUAUAUUAUUGCAAUUCGUUGUUCCAUAUGGCAAGGCACUUUUGCAAUCGGCAUAUCGCUAUGAGCGAAACCACCGGAUUGCCGCAAGAGUGCUGACUGCAGCGUUAGAGACUGCCGACGGGAUCGGAAAAGGCGCCAACGAUGUGAGCUCGACACUUUUGACACUGAGCGAAGGCAGACUUGGGGCUGCAGUUAUCAACCUGGUGGCAUGGCUUAUCGAGGCCGUGGCUGGCGGGGUGUAUGAUGGAGUUGGCGAAGGGCUUGUUGUACUUGGAGCGAUUCGCCCCCAUACAGACUUGCAACGGGGGUGGCAAGCAUCUACCUGGACGUAA